GCAGAUCGCCGCGAAGCGAUGGCGUCGAUGGCGGAGGAUCCCGCUGCCAAUGGAAAGAAGGAGGAGGAGGAGUUCAGCACGGGGCCUCUGUCCGUGCUCAUGCUCAGCGUCAAGAACAACACCCAGGUGCUUAUCAACUGCCGGAACAACAAGAAGUUACUUGGCCGCGUGAGGGCAUUCGACCGUCACUGCAACAUGGUUCUUGAGAACGUCAGGGAGAUGUGGACUGAGGUUCCAAAGACUGGCAAGGGCAAGAAGAAGGCUCUUCCAGUGAACAAGGACAGGUUCAUCAGCAAGAUGUUCCUCCGCGGGGACUCGGUCAUCAUUGUCCUCAGGAACCCCAAGUGAGUCUGAAGACGACGGUGCCCUGUAACGCCAGAAAAGAGCUUCUUCGCUACGUCGUUAGUUUGUAAUGCUGAAUCCUGUAAGACCAGUCACGAUGCUAGAAUAUUCAGCUGUAUUCGAUGGCCCAGUGUUGUAGUUUGGGACGGUUCUGAGUUUGCCUAUCUUGUACCUAACUUGCACCGCUAGUUUCUUUUCAGAUCAUCAAUAUAUCGGCUGAGGACAAUUUCUAAAACAAAAUCAGAAUGACCGUUUUGCCUU